GCUCCCUCUCAACUCAACUCUAAGUACGUACUGUAGGCUCUUCGACGACAGCAAUGGCCGACUUCAUCACUGCCUACCAGCUUUACUACCAGCAAAACCCAAGAUCUAUCUACCUACAAUGCUCUGCUUCAGAGGUCCCCUGUCCAGAGGCGCUUGGCUACACACAAGGAAAGACCCUGGGAAGUGGAACUUAUGCCAAGGUCAAGGCUGCAUGGUCUCCCUACGAGCGUAAAAUGAUUGCAAUCAAGAAUCUCCACAAGAAGGCUGCCUCCAAGGACUACCUCACUAAGUUUCUUCCAAGAGAGAUUGAGGUCCUACAGAUGGUGCAUCAUCCCAACAUCCUCCAGGUCUACCAGAUCAUUGAAUCUGAAGACAAGUGCUACUUCAUGCUCGAGAUUGCAGAAAACGGCGAUCUCCUGGACUAUAUCAACUCUCGUGGCCGCAUUCCAGAAGAAGAAGCUCGCUCAGUUUUCAAACAGAUGGCCAGUGCCAUUGAUUUCUGUCACUCCAUUGGUGUUGUGCAUCGAGACCUCAAGUGUGAGAAUGUCAUGAUCAGCAGAGAUAUGCAGAUAAAGGUUGGAGAUUUUGGCUUUGCUGUUCACACUUUGAGUCCCGUUUUCACUCCCUGUGGGUCUUACAGCUAUGCUGCUCCAGAGCUUUUUACUUCCCAAAGCAAAGGCUAUGACGGGAAGAAGGCUGAUGUCUGGAGCCUAGGUGUGAUCCUGUAUGCAAUGGUGUGUGGACGUCUGCCAUUUGGUGAUGACGCUCAAGUGAAAAAGACCAGAGAUCGUGUUCUCACCACCUUCAGCAGAAACAUCAGCACAGACUGCAGAAACCUACUCCGUUGUGUUCUUCAUACCAACCCUGAAAAGCGAAUUUCUUGUGCAGACAUCCUCAAACACCCCUGGACCUCCCUCAAAACUCGUUCUCCAUCUCUCCUACAAGCCAAAGCAAAAUACACCCUUCAAAAUUGUUUACCCAUGAUUGUGUACCAGCAACAGCCAAUGGCCGUCCCUCAGCAUCAUGAAAUCACUCCUCACCCCCAACUGACGCCUAUCCGUGGCCACUCAUCCAAGACUGCUGCCCGGAAGAAAUCAACUGCUGAACAACUUGAUGCUGAACUCUCUAGGUCCCUCCGUAUUGACGCCCAUGCAGCCCGUGCUCUUGCACAGGCUGGCCCUCAAGCUGACACACCCCGGCCAAAAUCAGAUAAGCAGCAUAGGCAGAUUGUCGCCAAGAUUGGAGCUGCUGGAAGGAAGCUUGCUGAUGCAAUGAGACAUGUCAGUCAAAGCAGCAAAGGGCACUUGGAAGAUAGUACUAGUAGUGCUAGGAAGUGA